AUGGGUGAAGCCACUUCACUGGAAGAAUUGCCGGAAGAUGAAGAACACAGAGGAGAGGAGGAAGAGGAUGACGAUGAACAUUAUUCGGCUUCCUAUUUAUCAGUUCCGUACACCGAAGAUCGGUUUCCGACAGGUGGGGAUUCGGAUGAAGAAGAUGAGGCCAAAGGGAGGACUGGCGAGAAUCCCGUACUCCUCCUCUGUCAUUCUUGUAUGGAUCGAACUCGGACCGCUUGUCAGUCGAUGUGGACUUCGGAGCUCGACACAACAACCGACCGUCAACAGGCUAUGGAAUGGUUCAAGGUGGCCAGGAUGGGACCAGGAUAUGACUCGGCGGUCUUUCUCGUUAGUCUGCAGCAGUGGGUGGAUCGUACUUCGCCGGGAAUGGGACGAGUAUCUCGACAGCAGCUGCGGUCUGGUCAGUUCGUCGAAGGUGUGCAGUCGGCUCUGGGUAUUCAGCUGCGGUCGGCCGGCCAUACCGCGGAUUUCAGUAAAAUCUCACUUAGACCGUGGGUCUUACGGCGGCCCGUUUUAGAGACCUUGGAAGAGUCGGUGGGAUUAGGGAGCCUCCAUAUUUUCGUCUAUGUUUACAGUAAAAAUCAGUGUCUUUUUGCAACUCUCAACCCCACUUUGGCAUCCCCUUCCAGCCCUGUUGUAGAGGAAGUCAUGCCACCUUCGACAAAGAGCGCGCUUCAAGAUAUUGAUGAAAAGGACGAAAAUGAAGGUGACCAAGAAGAGGACGAUGAUGAUGAACCACAUUCUGCCUCCUAUUUAUCAGUUCCAGCUAAUCAUAACGCCAGUGGCCAAACGGUUUCUUGUUCUAAAGCGUGUUCAGAACUCUCGGGGAUGAAAGAGCAGCUGUACGGUGCCACCUGA